AUGCUCCCGUUCCUCGAGGUGUCCCAUCUCCCAUCUUCCACCUCGUUUUACUCUGCCGUCACGCAGGCUCUAGGGCUGCGAUAUCUCUCAGCCGGUUCCGAACAGGGCAUCCCUACCGUCACGUUCGGCGCGCAGACGCCAGUAUUCCAACUCCGCGAGGUCAACGCGCACAGCAGCGCCCAGCCGCUGAAACAUUCCCGGAUCGUCCUCAGCGCCGGGUCUCCCGAGGUGGUCAAGGAGUUCUACUCGUUUGCCCUCCGAGCCUAUCCCGGUUCCUCAGCCUCCCUGUCCACCACAGGCUCCCUCGCCGACGGCCCCCACAGUGGCCUCGACAACGGGUCCGUCGUACCCGGCGGCUCGGGUGCUUUCCACCUUGGCAGCGACCGCGCCAGAGUGUCGGAUCUAGACGGAAACAGGAUGGAGGUGGUCUAUGUCCCUCCCCAGUCCUACCCUGCCGAGUAUGGAGGCUCGACGGUGCGCAGGACCCAGUCGACCCAUGACGAGGUGAACCGGAUCAUGGACUGGAACUACGACGUGGCUGCCUCGUCGCCUCCGUCGAGGGCGGCGGAAUCUGCCAUGGCACUAGCCAGGCGACCGGGCCGCCACUUUGACGAUGCGCCCGGCGCCACCAUCCUGAGGAGGAGUGUCACCACGACGUCGGUGCUGGACCCGAAACCGUCGCCGCGCGAGGGCUCCCGCGGCCUCACCACCGCCGGCGUCGUCGGGUUCCUGGGCGCCGCGGUCGGCGUCGCCGCCGGCGCUGCCGUGACCUACUCGAUGAUCAAGAGCAGCGACGACCGCGGGCGUGCCGGCCCGCAAGACGGGUUCGAAGCGCCCACCUUCCAGCGCAGGGCGACCUUCCCGGACCCGUAUCCCGACCGUCUCAACCGCGUCGUCGAGGUGGAGAGGACCGUCGAGAAGAUCCGCUAUCCCGACGAGUACACGCCCGUCGCCGAGCGCCGGCCCCCGCCCACCAUGAUCGCGCGGUACAGCCAGGUCGAGCCGUCGAGAUACCAGGGCGUCGAGGACCUUGGCGCCGCCGCCGCCGCCGACGACGGCCGCAGCCGGCACUCCUCGGUGCGGUACCGGGCCAACCCGAGCCCCUCUGUCCGCACCAGGAGCGAAGCGCCCAGCGGGCGCGAGCCUCUGCUCCUCACCGAGGCUGACCAUCGCAGCUACGCGAGCUCCAAGCACAGCGCCGCCCAGCCGCCGCGCUCCGUGCACUCGACCCGCCGCAGCUCGUACGACACGGCCGCCGACCGGGAGAGUUACGUGUCGGCCAGGAGUCGCCGCUCCUCGAGCACGGUCCGGCCCCCCGCGCCGACGGCGCAGACCAUGCCGCCGUCGACUGCUCCGCCCCGCUCGCGCGCCGGGAGCCGCGCGACCACAGCCACCGUCAAGGUCCCAGCCGCGUCGUCGGCGAGCAUGCACCGCCCGGGGCUGGAUCGCGCCCGGAGCUACGUGUCGGCUCGGCACGUCGCCCUGCCGCCGAGCGAGGCCUCGGCACACCGCGUCCCGCUCCCGCCGAGCGGCGUCGGCAGCAGCCAUGCGGACUGGGAUGACGACGCGGGGAGCGUGGCGCCCAGCGACAGCAUCAGCUGCGUCGGCAGCCGCAGAAGCACCCGCUCCUAUCGCUGA